AUGUGUUCAUCUUGUCCCUUUCAUGUUUAUUCGGACAGAAUUGAUCACUGGAACAACGAGCACGAACGAUUAGUCAUCUUGACUGAGAGAAACUUCUACAUCUUGCGAUACGAUUUCCUCCAGUGCCGUCUGAGGGAUAGCCGAAGGAUCGGGCUGGGACAACUGACCAGCGUGACCACUGGACCGUUGGUUUUUCCGUCAAAAUCGUUGAUGCCGAUUCGGAGUUCUCCUGGGAUCCAAAUGCGCUGGGGUGAUGUGAACGACGUGAAGCUGAUGCAAAAGUGGAACCCACUUUGUCGCAGUUUGCCCUACGCCACGCUUACGCAUCAUCCGGUCUAUUCUAGACGUGAUCAACUUCCACCACGCCAGGGGGACGUACCAGGAGCCGGAUACGAAGAUGCCAACAAUCCUGUGGCCGUGUACGACGUAAACAACUUCCUGUGCGCCCUAAAGGAGGCUUGCUCCGGGAUGAACGUGGAGGUGAGAACGGGUUCCAUUAAUCAUAUUGACAGUCAUGUUUACAGUAAUGGAGAUGCCAAAUUCACAAGUUUGUCAGAUUGA